UACUCCAAUUUUUUUUUACUGUUUUUUACAUAUCAUUUGUUGUUUGUUAUCAUUAAAAAUAUAUUAUUUCUUUUCUUGAAUAUGUUGAUCAAUAUAAUUAUCAUAUAAACAACAGAUUUAAUUAAUUUACCUUAAGUGUUCAUAAAGGUACAACAGUAUUUAUUUAAUUUAAAAAAAAAUGGGAGAGCAUGCUAUUCCAUUAGAUAUUUUGGACGAUUUAAGCAGUCGUUUCAUAAUAAAUGUACCAGAAGAAGAACGUAAAGAUCUUGUAAGAAUAUGUUUUCAAAUUGAAUUAGCACAUUGGUUUUAUCUUGAUUUUCAUUGUGCUGAAGAUUAUCGUAAAUUAAAAACAUGUAAUAUGAAAGAAUUUGCAACUCAUAUAUUUAAUCAUAUACCAUUUUUACGUCAACAUUUACCAAGAAUUGAUUCAGUACUUGAACAAUGGAAAGAAUAUAAAAUGAGUGUACCAACAUUUGGUGCAAUUGUAUUGAAUGAAGAUUUAACAAAAGUAUUAUUAGUACAAAAUUAUUGGUCAAAAAAUAGUUGGGGUUUUCCAAAAGGUAAAGUUAAUGAAGAUGAAGAUCCAUCACAUUGUGCUGUUAGAGAAGUAUUUGAAGAAACUGGUUUUGAUAUAUCAAAUUUCAUUGAUAAAAAUGAUUAUAUUGAAUCAAUGAUUCAUGAUAGACUUGUUAGAUUAUAUAUUAUAUCUGGUGUACAAAUUGAUACUAAAUUUGAGCCACAAACAAGAAAAGAAAUUAAAAAUGUUGAAUGGUUUUUACUAAAUGAUUUACCAACAACAUCAAAAGACAUGACACCAAAAGUUAAAAUGGGAGUUAAUCCAAAUGCAUUUUUUAUGGUUGUACCAUUUAUCAAACGAAUGAAAAGAUGGGUUAUGGAAAAAAAUCAACGUGAUAAACAAGCAUCAGCAGUUGCUAAUCGUAGACAUCGUCAUAAAUCACUUGGUGAUGCUGAUAGAAAUACAGAAACACGACGUUCAAUAUCAUCAGUACAAACAGUUCCAAAUGGUUCUUUUAUUAGAGCUAAUAAAAAUGCAAAUACAUCACCAAUUAGAAAUCGUCAACGUUCAACUGUUGAACGUAAACAAAAUGGAAAAUUUGAAAUUAAAAAUUUAUCAAAAGGAGCUAUUAAAAGAAAUUUAUUUGGUGAAAAUAAUCAUGAAAAUAAUAAUAAUAAUUCACCAAUGAAACUUGCUCAACAAUUAAUUGACAGUCCAAGACCAGCAUCACAUAAUGUUAUAAAAAAUCAACAACAACAAGUGCAACAACAAGUACAACAAGUACAACGACAACAACAACAACAACAAACGUCUUAUUGUGAAGAUAAUCCAGUAAAUUCACAAUUUCAAAAUACAUUAAACAAAAUUAAUUUGGAAAUUAAUAAUAUAUUGUUUAAACCAAAAAGUUGGAUGCAUUUUUCAUUUGACAAACAAGCUGUUUUAAAAUGUUUUUAAUUUUCAAUGAGUCAAAUAAUUGGUACUAUAUUUUUUUUAAAAAAUUAAUUCUAGUUCAACUGUAACUACUUGUAAUAAUUUAAUUGUAAAAAAAGAGUUGAUGCUCAACUUUUCCCUUGUUUUUUUUUCAUUUUUUAUUUAAAAUUUGUAUAUAAAAAUAAUAAAUAUACAUACAGCAUAAAUAAAUAAACGUUUGUUUAUAAUUAAUUUUGAUGUAUUGUUUACCAAAAUUUUCGUGGUG